AGUGUCGAGGACCUACGAAGCCGCCAUUGUUGAUUCACCCAUGGAGUUGUAAAGUGUUGUUAAAUUUUCUCAGCUGGAAUCCUCGAGGGGGAAGAUGGGUUACUAAGUCGAAUUAGGUUUGCACACGAAAGUGUGCCAGUACAAGUUAACAAAAUGACGGCCAAGAUGGCAUCUUCAAUUUUAUCCGCGGUCCAAGUGACAUCACAAAAAUCAGAUCAUUUCAUACUGAAUCUUUCCUCAAGCAUCGUCAGCCCUGCAGUACCGACACAAGAUGUCUUCCACGGUGCUGACUUUACCCUCUUGGAAGCAAGAGCCCCUGUCGCCGCCCUCCUCUGAGGACUCGAUAUGGGCAUCUUCUUCAGAAGAGGCUCUCUUCUAUUCUACCUUGGAGCAAAAUGUAGACCUUAAAUUGGAAACGGAUCUGUUCGGUCUCAACGAUGGCGAUUCUAAAGCUGAUGUAGCCUCGCAGUUACUGAAAGAUCUGGAGAAAUUGGUCGACAUCGAUGAGUUGAUUAAGGAAGAACCUUUCUUUCUCGAUGUGAAGAUGCUGCCCGUCCUGGACGAAUUGGAUCAGUCCCGCUAUCCGGUGAAGGUUGAAAACUUCAAGGCUCCGUCCAAGUCCAUGAUCUUGAGCGAGUUCGACUCUGUCCCCAUGUGCGACAUGAUCGAAUGCGCACCUGCAACCACCAUUCUUACACCACCGCAGAGCCCCCCUAGCGAGACUACCAUGUUGACCACCCUAAAACCACUAGUGGCGACACAAGCACCGAUAUUCCAAGUUUUCCAGCACGAACAAGCAUCUUCUGGUAUUGUACCUGAUAAGCAGCCUCUCGACAACGUUCUCGUUUACCAACAGGUUGACUACCCUGAAGUGGUGACCCCUCAACCUGACAUUGCGCACGAGCUUGCAGUGGUAGAUGAAUUGGUACGAAGCCGUGUCGAGAACAUGCAAUGGAGCAGCGGACCAUCUUCUCCUUGCAGCAACAGCUGCAGUAACAGCAGUUACGAAGACUCUUGCUCUUCAAGCGAUCCAGAAUGGGUACCGGAACCAAUUGACAAUCUAAACCAACCUCCAAGCGAUGUUAAGACUCACACACGCAAACGUUCGAAGCCCUAUUCACGCACUGUUGAAGACAAGAAAUCACGAAAAAAGGAACAAAAUAAAAACGCUGCGACACGCUAUCGCUUGAAGAAAAAGGCCGAAGUGGAAGGGAUACUAUCGGAAGAAAAACAACUCGUACAACAAGGAGAAAAACUGACCAAUCAAAUAACAGAUAUCAAGCGAGAAAUCAAAUACUUGAAGGGAUUGAUGCGUGAUUUAUUCAAAGCAAAAGGUCUAAUCAAUUGAAAUUGUUGUAUGGAAAUUCUGUAUUUAAAUGUUGAUCCAAUUUCUGUUUCUUGUAUAUUUUGCUUCAAGUUUAGAUUGAAGUGUAGCUUAAGGAAAGAUGUUAUAAAGUUAUGUUGUCAAUGAAUUAUUUCCUCUGAGAUUGUUCAUCGAUGACAUAAUUUGAUUCUUAAUCAUUUGUGCUUACUCAUACUUAUAUUAACAUGUAGGUUUUCAUCUCAAAAUAAAGGAUGAUUUGGG